UAAUAAAUUGAAGGAUGACAGAUAAGAAAAGGCCGGCUCACACAAUAGGUACGUGCUUCAAUGGGCUUCUUUCUCUGCUGGUGUCAUUAUGAUUAUAAUAUGAUUGGAUACUGGGGGUAUAAUUCAGCCCUUUGUUGGAUCCGUGUCACUUGCCUUCCUGUAUGACACUAGAGUUUUCCUCUAAUUAAAGAGAAGGGCAGGACCGUGUCCCAUACACUCUGCAGGGUGGAACCAGCUGGCCAUGACGGCUUUUAUUUUUUUCCUUGUACCACUUUGGGCCACCAUUUUAUCCGAGGAACUGCACAGGUUGUCGGGAACCAAAGGAGACUCCAUAUUGUUUCCAAUCCAGCUUCCCAACCACACGGAAGUCUUUAGCAUCUUCUGGCAUCAUAAUGACAAGGUGUUGGCUAUAGCCAAAGAGCAGGAGCUCAGUGUAAAGAAGACCCGCUUCAACGGUCGCUUAAAGACAGUGGGCCCAGGAUACUCCUUAAGCCUGACUCAUUUGGAAACAGAUGACAGCGGAAACUACAUGGCACAGAUAUUUAACAUCGGCAACCCAAUUCGGAUCAGCUUCAGGCUGCAAGUAAAUGACAAAAGUUCGGCAGGCAAAGCGUCUUGCACCCACAUUUUCACAAUUAUUAUCGCCAUGGUGGGCCUGUGCUUCAACUUCUUCAUCACUACGGGCACAUAAUGGCUUUUCCAUACCCCGGCUGGACCAGAACACAGUCUCAUACAGUAUAUAUAUAUAUAUAAUGAAGCUUUGAAUUAUUCAGGAGUCCACUGAGUUCUGCUAGGUGCCUACCUGCAAAUAAACCUUCCUGACCUGAACACAAGCCUCGCGUGGUUCUGUUCUGUCAGAAUCUGAGCAACUGUCAGUACCUCAUUCAUUCUCUGUACAAUUUACCUAUAACUGAAGUUCAGAAUGUGCCCACAAGGUGUCAGUAUUGAGCUAAAAAAUACAGUGUUGGGUUGGCCCUA